AGACAGUGUCAGCUGCUACGUGAACAUCAUCUCAGGUCUUGACGAUUCCGCACCUCCCGAGAGUCCUGCUUCAUACCUUAGAAGACUCACAGAACAUUAAUUCCCGAAAGACAGAAGUCAUUUGUGAAAAAGAAGUCAUAGAGCACCAGCCAGUUGAGUCUAGUUCUGGGGCCAAAAUGAGCAAUGGAGAUGAACUCAGGAUGAAGAAUAAAGAACCGAAUUUGGCGGGUCCAGUGAGAACGACAGAUCUCAUUAUGGAGAGUAAAGAAAGUGUCCACGCCGAAGGUAGCACUUGCCAUCCUCGUGAGCUACACACAACACAAAGCCUCUCAAAACACAGAGCAGAGCAAACAGAAAUGGAAUCCCCUGCGAAAACGGAAAGUAAAGCUGAUGUACAUAAACGGGAGCCAUCGGAAGAAAACAAUGUUGCAGAAGUUGAAGAUGUCAGCAAAAAGUGUAGUGAAGAGCUUGGAGGCUGUGGGAUGAAACUCAAGAGGGAGUUGGGAUUGCUCGACUGUGUGGGAUUCACCUUGGGAGGUAUGAUAGGCUCAGGUAUCUUUGUGUCGCCCAGGAUGGUGCUGCAAUAUACUGGCAGCGUGGGCAUGUCUCUGGCGGUGUGGGUAGUCUCUGGGGCUGUUGCCAUGUGUGGAGCAUUCUGCUACACUGAGAUGGGUGAGUACUGCCAACUGAUUCUUAUUUCCACUCUAGUGUAUUGUAUCAGGUGGUUAAAUUCCCGCUAUGGUGGACAUUGGGCAUGCUUCCUCACACCUGCUCUAAUCCACAAACUGGAGAUGAAAACUAGACGACAUUUCGGUCAAUUCUUGACUAUUACCAAUAUACUGGAAAAGGCAAGUAACUACGGAGAAGAAAGAUUUAUGUUAAGAUUCUGUAUAUUAUGUUCUACUGAAGAUAACAUUGUCUGUGAAACAUUUGUCUCUUCUUGUAACGUUAGCAUGGGUCAACUCCAGGAAGUAAAAUGGGCUGCCAGAGUGCAGAACAUUCUGGCACUGACUAAGGUAUUGGCACUCAUCAUGAUCAUCACAAUUGGUAUCUACUAUCUGGUGUUGGGACGCACACACAACUUUGAUGAUGUCAUGGCUGGCACCAACUGGGAUCCUCCCUUAAUAGCCACAGCCUUUUAUCAAACAUUUUAUACCUACAGUGGCUGUCAAGUGGAGACAUUAGAGAUUGUAACAUCCUAUGGCAGUCUCAAACAUGAUAACGUGUUCAAUGUGUCCAGUAUUAUAACUGAUAUACGAAUACAGAUGUAUCCAGCCAACAAGUACACGGUGAAUGGUAUUAGUAAUGAUGGAGUUACAUGCAUCGCUGAUAUAAAGGCAUCACCCGUUUCUGGUAAUAGGUCCGGCUUCCUUGCUCUAGAGAAAAGUAAAUAUCGAGCACAGUUGCUUGUUUCCACGGAAUUUGGCACAUUUCACUCCUUGUAUAAAAAAUUUUCAACCAAGUCAAUAUCUUCCUGUGUUUUCGGCAACCUAACUAUGGGUGUGAUGGCAUGGACAAUACCCUUCCUUGUGGCGUGUUCUACAAGUGGUGCUUCCAAUGGUGCCAUCUUUACCAACGCUAGGGUGCUGUUUGUUAGCUCGAGGCGCGGCCAGAUGCCCCAGAUGUUCUCCCAUCUCCACAUCCACAACCACACUCCUAUCCCUGCCCUCUUCUUUGUUGCUACCAUCACCAUGGUGAUGUUCGUGACUUCAGACAUGACAGUCCUCAUUAACUACUUCUCCUUCGCCAGUAAUCUAUUAGAAUUGGGGACCAUUGGAGCAUUCUUCUGGUUCCGCAUCAAGCAGCCGGACCGUCACAGACCCAUCAAGGUGUGGAUCAUCUUCCCCAUAAUAUACUUCAUAGUUUCUGUGUUCCUGACGGUGCUUCCAGUGAUCCGUCAACCUCUGGAGGUGAUGAUGGCAGUGAUCAUCAUCAUCACAGGUCUUCCAGUCUAUUACUUCACCAUCCACAGACACAACAAACCACACAAGUUGCUUCACGUUAUGGACAAAGUGAGGUACCUGUGUCAGAUGGUGUUCCUGACAGUGCCGGAGGAGAAGACUGUGUGAGGACAUGUCAGCGGGUGUUUCUGAAGUGCUGGAGGAGACUAUGUGAGGACAUGUCAGCUGGUGUUUCUGACAUUGCUGGAGGAGAAGACUAUGUGAGGACAUGUCAGCUGGUGUUUCUGACAG